AUGAUGGACGGGGCCGCAGAGAGCGCACAGGCCGUUGACUACGUCCACGAGUUUGACCUCGAGCACCUGGAGGAGGUGGUCAAGCAAGAGAUGCACCGCGUCAAGUACAGCAGUUCGGGCCUCGGGCCCUGCGGCGCGGCCCCGCACCCCAUGGGCGGCCAGCAGCAACCACAACCUCAGCACCACCUUGUCGAGCCAUCGCAGCCGCCUCCGUCGCAACACCACCACCACGUCUACGGCAUGAGCAUGGGGAACGCGUGCCCCAGGAAGCCGGUGGCACUCGCAGCCGCCACGCCGCCCUGCCAUGGCAUGCCGCCCUCGCCCGCCUUCGUGCCGGCCGGUGCCACACCGGGGCCCCUCAUGGACGACGGCAUGCUGUGGCUGACGCAGAACCUCCGCUACGCCAACGGAUCCCAAGACGGGCCCCUGGACCUGAGGCCGCCCCAGUGCGCGGCCGACAUGGAGGCCUGGCUGAUAGGGCGCAGGGACUACCCUGAGGUUCAGGGGGUGCCCGCUUCGUCCAGAGGCGACCCGCCCCCGCACCAUCUCAUGAACCCGGCCCACAGCAAUAGCAACAGCAGCAGCAGUAGCGGCUGCAGCUCGGUGACCUCCUCGACUUUGGUCGGUGGCUGCAGCCGCGUUGGUGGCGGUGGUGACCCGCUUGACGAUGACCAGCUCAUCUCGCUGACGGUGCGCGAGCUCAACAAGCGACUGCACGGGUACCCGCGAGAAGAAGUGGUCCGCAUGAAGCAGAAGCGGCGCACCCUCAAGAACCGGGGCUACGCCCAGAACUGCCGCACCAAGCGCCUGGCCCAGAGACACGAACUGGAGACCAGGAACCGGAUGCUCCAGGGCGAGAUGGCCCGGCUCAGGCAGGAGCUGGAGCGAGCCUGCCAGGAGAGAGACUUUUACCGCCAGCAACUCCACGCCCUGAGGGACUGCACCGGAGACCCCCGCUCUAUGUCCAGCGUGUCCAGUGCCGGAGCAGCCUCUAACCCCAGCUCGCCAGAGUUCUACCUUUGA